CGGCGACGGGGGGCGCGCGGCUCUGGGCGCCGUGCUUGCACCAUGAACUACCAGCAGCAGCUGGCCAACUCGGCUGCCAUCCGGGCCGAGAUCCAGCGCUUCGAGUCGGUCCAUCCCAACAUCUACUCCAUCUACGAGCUGCUGGAGCGCGUGGAGGAGCCGGUGCUGCAGAACCAGAUCCGGGAGCACGUCAUCGCCAUCGAAGAUGCUUUCGUGAACAGCCAGGAAUGGACACUCAGCCGAUCUGUACCAGAGCUCAAAGUGGGAAUUGUGGGUAACUUGGCCAGUGGCAAGUCUGCACUGGUGCACCGGUACCUGACUGGCACAUAUGUGCAGGAGGAGUCUCCAGAAGGUGGCAGGUUCAAGAAGGAGAUUGUGGUUGAUGGACAGAGUUAUCUGCUGCUGAUUAGGGAUGAAGGGGGUCCCCCGGAGGCGCAGUUCGCCAUGUGGGUGGACGCAGUCAUCUUUGUCUUCAGCCUGGAGGAUGAGAUCAGUUUCCAGACGGUCUACCAUUACUACAGCCGAAUGGCCAACUACAGGAACACCAGCGAGAUCCCUCUGGUGCUGGUGGGGACCCAGGAUGCCAUAAGUUCCACCAACCCGAGGGUCAUCGAUGAUGCCAGGGCACGGAAGCUCUCCAACGACCUGAAGCGUUGCACCUACUACGAGACGUGCGCCACCUAUGGGCUCAACGUGGAACGGGUCUUCCAGGACGUGGCCCAGAAGAUUGUCGCCACGAGGAAGAAGCAGCAGCUGUCCAUAGGCCCCUGCAAGUCCUUACCCAACUCACCAAGCCACUCCUCUGUGUGUUCUGCCCAGGUGUCAGCCGUACACAUCAGCCAGACAAGUAACGGAGGUGGGAGUUUGAGUGAUUACUCCUCCUCUGUCCCCUCGACCCCAAGCACCAGCCAGAAGGAGCUUCGGAUUGAUGUCCCUCCCACUGCCAACACCCCAACGCCUGUCCGGAAGCAGUCCAAGCGCAGGUCUAACCUAUUCACGUCUAGGAAAGGGAGCGACCCAGACAAAGAGAAGAAAGGCCUGGAGAGCCGUGCGGACAGCAUCGGGAGCGGGCGAGCCAUCCCAAUUAAACAGGGCAUGCUACUGAAGCGCAGUGGGAAGUCGCUUAACAAAGAGUGGAAAAAGAAGUAUGUCACCCUGUGCGACAACGGCGUGCUGACCUACCACCCCAGCUUACAUGAUUACAUGCAGAAUGUCCACGGCAAAGAGAUUGACCUCCUGAGAACCACUGUGAAAGUGCCGGGGAAGAGGCCACCCCGAGCCACGUCGGCCUGUGCACCCAUCUCCAGUCCCAAAACCAAUGGCCUGUCCAAGGACAUGAGCAGUUUACACAUCUCACCAAAUUCAGGGAAUGUCACUAGUGCGUCUGGGUCUCAGAUGGCAAGCGGCAUCAGCCUGGUCUCCUUCAACAGCCGACCCGAUGGCAUGCACCAGCGCUCCUACUCAGUCUCCAGUGCCGACCAGUGGAGUGACGCUACAGUCAUUGCAAACUCAGCCAUCAGCAGUGACACGGGGCUGGGUGACUCGGUGUGUUCCAGCCCAAGUAUCUCCAGCAGCACCAGCCCCAAGCUUGACCCGCCCCCUUCCCCCCACGCCAACAGAAAGAAGCACCGGAGGAAGAAAAGUACCAGCAACUUCAAGGCUGAUGGACUCUCCGGCACUGCUGAAGCUUCCUGCUGACAAGGUUAGACAGUGAAGACCUGUUUUCUUAUUGAGGAAUGGAUAAGGAUAAUUCUGCCAUGUCAACAGCCAUGGAAAGUAACAUUGAAGGGUGAAGGCACCAAGCUAGAUGCACUGCUCUUCCCUCUAGAAAAGGUUCUGCACAAAUGCAGAGAGUCACUUCGACCUCAUCAAGAGCCACCAGCUGAUGUCAGCUUCAGACUACCUCAAGGAGAGGUUGCAACAAGAUGGGAGUAUUGCCACCCAUCCCAACCCCCAGCCUAAGGACCUAAGCAAGAUUUCCCCUAAUGAGUGUCUUAAAGUGUAUGCCAUGUAACAGAUGAGUGUCUCAGAACAUGCCACAUGUUUCCAA